UUCCUUUUUCCUUCCCCCCCCGCCCCUCUUCCUGCGCUUUGCUCCGGGAAAACGCUGGAUUUUAAACCUCUCCCCGCCCGGCAGUGAGUGGGGAAGGAGAAGAAAAACAUGGCCCAGGCCAAAAUGCACCACCCCGUCUCUUGGGUGAUCUUCGCCGGGAUGGCCGCGCUCCUCCUCUCCCAAGGAGUGCCCGUGCGCAGCGGAGAUGCCACCUUCCCCAAAGCCAUGGACAACGUGACAGUGCGGCAAGGGGAGAGCGCCACGCUCAGGUGCUCCGUGGACAACCGGGUGACCCGGGUGGCCUGGCUGAACCGCAGCAGCAUCCUCUAUGCCGGCAAUGACAAGUGGUGCUUGGACCCUCGGGUGGUGCUCCUGGCCAACACCAAAACCCAGUACAGCAUCCAGAUCCAGGAUGUGGACGUGUACGAUGAGGGCCCCUACACCUGCUCUGUGCAGACAGACAAUCACCCCAAGACAUCGCGCGUCCAUCUCAUCGUGCAAGUGUCUCCAAAAAUCACCGAGAUCUCUUCUGACAUCUCCAUCAACGAGGGCGGCAACGUCAGCCUCACCUGCAUAGCCACGGGCAGGCCAGACCCAACAAUCACCUGGAGACACAUCUCACCCAAAGCCGUGGGCUUCAUCAGCGAGGACGAGUACCUGGAGAUCACGGGGAUCACGCGGGAGCAGUCGGGGGAGUACGAGUGCAGCGCCUCCAACGAUGUCUCAGCGCCCGUCGUCCAGCGAGUCAAAGUCACCGUCAACUACCCUCCGUACAUCUCGGACGCCAAGAGCACCGGGGUGCCGGUGGGGCAGAAGGGCAUUCUGCUCUGCGAAGCCUCUGCUGUGCCCUCCGCCGACUUCCAGUGGUACAAAGAUGACAAGAGACUGGCUGAAGGACAGAAAGGGCUGAAAGUGGAGAACAAACCCUUCUUCUCCAGACUGACUUUCUUCAACGUCUCCGAGCAGGACUACGGCAACUACACCUGUGUAGCCUCCAACCAGCUAGGGAACACCAACGCCAGCAUGAUCCUCUACGAAGAGACAACUACCGCUCUGACACCCUGGAAAGGCCCCGGCGCAGUGCACGACGGCAACAACGGCGCGUGGCGGCGAAGCGGCGGCGCGUGGCUGCUGCUCCUCCCGCUCGCCCACCUCGCCCGCCAGUUUUGACCCGAGAGCCGGCCCGCGGAGCAGCGGCGGCGACGACCACGGCCAGCGAGCGCAAGCGGAAAGGAGAGGAGGAAGAGAAGGAGGAGAAGAAGAAGAAAGUUGUUCACCGUUUCCGAAAAUAAUCAUAAGAAUUGAGAGAGUAUCCGGCCAGGCCACCUGGGGGAGGGGGAGAGAGGAAAAAAACACGCAAAAAAAAAAAAAAAAUCCACAAAAAAUCCACCCACACACAACGGGAAUUUGGAAUGGAGAGAAAAGGGAAAAAAUUAAUAAUCCAAGGCUUCCUGCUGAAGAUGCAAUGCGACUGAGUCUUUUUCUUUUCACCCUAUUUUUUUUUUUUUUUGUCCCCUGCCACUUUUUCCCCUGUUUUCGCCGUUCUCUGCCAUGGGCCAGCGUGGAGGAUGGACGGGGCCAUCCGAGUGUGGCACUUGUCCCCUGCCCUGUCCUCUUCACCGCCCCUGCCCGCCUGCUCCCUCCCGUGGAACCCUCCAUCCACCGGUUUUCUCCUUUGCCAAGAUUUCCCCGUCUUCUCAUGGACUGUGCCGCCAUUUGUGUUUCAGAAUAUAUAUAUAUAUAUAUCUCCACAUAUAUAUAUAUAUAUAUGUAUAGAUAUAUAGAUCUUCAACAGUUACCACACCACCACAAAAGGAAAGGGAGGAAGGAGACCGGCGUCGAGCCACGCUUUCAUCGUACCAUCCGCGGACAUCGUGAAUGAUAAGGGAUUCUGAGUCAUGGUUAAUUUUAUUAAUUGUAUUUUCUGAUACGAGCCUAGAACUCUUAGUUCCUAAAAAACAGAAAUGCAAAAAAAAACGAGGGGGAAAAAAAGAAAAGAAAAAAGAGGAGAAAAAAAAAAAAAACAAUCCAGGAGAGGGGGAGCAAGCGGAGAGAAGUUUGUUUGCCGAGGAGGUGACCAGCCAAGGAGGUUUGUGAGCCCGGCGAGGAGGAGGAGGAGGAGGAGGAGUCCUGUGCUGAAACCCCCCAAAACCGGCCCAAAAGCCGUCGUCUGGACAGUUCCUGCCGAGGGCACAGACGACACUCGCCGCGCGUUGAGGUGGAGGGAGAUACUGAAUCUUUUUAUGGGAUAUAUAUAUACAGUAUAUAUAAAUAUACAUAUAUAUAUAUAUAUAAUUCUUUUUUUUGUUAGAGUUCUAGCCACGGUUCCCAGCAGGGUCCUUCCGCUGCCAUUACUGCAUGCUGUAUAUGGAGUUAGGUGUGUAUCGGUUCUCAGCGAGACGAGCGUCUCAGUCCACACAUCCCUGAACCCCCUCGCCUUUCCACCCUCGGGUCACCGGGGACAAAGGGUCACGGGGGAGUGGGGCCCCUCUCCGUCGCUUUUUGCCGCGUGGCCCCGGCCUUUCCGCGGUGGAAUAAAGCGAGCUGAGGGACGGAGGGAGAUCUAUAUAGCUCAGUUUUAUAUUUUUUAUAUAUAUAUAUAUAUA